AUGCCGAAGAAGUUCGGAAAGAUCGUCCUUGCCUCAACCGGAGACUUCCCAGGCGACAAGGACAACAAAGUCAAAGGCUGGGUCGAGCAUGCCGGCGGCACCUUUGUCAAGGACCUCUCCAAAGAUGUCACCCAUCUGAUCUGUAGCGAGAGGGCUUGGAAGCGGUACUAUCCCAUCGUCAGAGAAGCUCGCCAUAUGCACACUGUCCACAUUGUCAAGCUUGAUUGGCUGGAGGACAGUCUGCUGAGCAAGUCCGGCAGACCGCUCGAUCCCACACAGUACAAGUGGGAGCAGCGAAAGGGACAGUCUGGCGAGACAAAGCGCAAACGGAGGGAAGACGACACCAUGGAGGGCGAUGACGAAGCGAAGAAGCCGAAGUCGGCGAAGCAGACCAAGACGUGGAAGUCUCCUGACGCUGAGGGCCAGGGACGAGGCAAGAACGAAAGAGCUGAGAGAGCUGGCAAGGAGUUCGAUGAGGCAUGCAUUGAGUUCGAGAAGAUCAUGGGAAAGCAAGGCUACCGGCCUUUCGCCGAUCAGAGCGGCUUCGUGUACCUUUUCACCUUGGUGCGGAAGGACAUCCUGAAGAAUCGCGUGGAGAAGCAUAGAAUCAAGGUGCGUUAUGCACCUUCUUUCACUUCCUGCCACGAGACCUUCAUCCCACUGUCCCACCAAGGGGUCGAUCGGAGACGCAAGAAGUCCGAUGACAGCGUGACUGCUUCCGAGCGUAUGAUGUAUCAACCAGAGGUUGGUAGCUCGAGAACGGCUGGCUUGCUUCUGGAGGACCCCAUACUGCCACCAUGCCCUGUUCCAUUGUACUACUUCCCAAAGCCUUACCCAUAUUCCCACUACCCUUGCAUAGCAAGCUCCCUGCCACGCCAGCUCACAUCCGCCAACCGCAACUUGCGGGUGCCAAUUCCCCAUCCAUGGGCUCAGAGUCUCCAGCUUUUUGUGUCCGAAGAACCCUCGGCUGUUGAACCGACCGGCAAUCCCAAGUAUUCGGCUCCGAGCGCCAUACACCACCGCAAUCUACCAGAGUUGCGCAAAAAGUCGUAUGCCGCAUACACUGUGUACACCAAACCAGGCUCUCGUCACGUUCAGACACUAGUGCCCGCUGGCAGCACCUUCGACUUCGCAUGGGCCAUGUUUUGCAAGUUCUUCAAGAAAAAGGUCGGGCUCGAAUGGACAGAUCUUCACGACGGAUGGAAGAAGGGCCUCAAGCUCGAGCAGAUCCACAAGGAGAGAGUUGGUGGUGGGGAUGGCCCGGUCGAACAUGGACACUGGGAUGUGUUGGAACUGCCGCUCGCGAAAGGGCAAACAACCAGAGCAGGUGAAGACUCGACGGAAUCUAUUGAGCAUGGGGAGGGCGGGCCGACUGUUACGGUGGUUGUGAAUGCGACCUCGUUGACCACCGGAGACCAGGUCGAAGCUAGAGCUCAAACGCCAGAAGAGGGAUGGUGA